CGACCUCCACAUCCACCUUAUUAAAAAAAUAAAAAUAAAAGAGCCAAUAAGAAUUAAUAUAAUUAUUAAAUUUUAUGUAUAUAUAUAUUCAUCCAGCUAGAUCGCUUCGGUGCCUCGAAAAAGAAACAAACAGCGACGAGGCUCUCUCAUCUGCGAAUCGUAAUCCUUGUUAUCGUCUUCCUCAUCAUCGUUGUUCCUCCGUCACGAUUUGUUUCUUCUAACUUUUGUUCGGUUCAUCAUACUCUGUCAAGAUGCAUCUGAAGGCCCCUGAACACCAGGUUGCAGGACACAUUGCUAAAGACGGGAAGCCUGGUCCUCUUGUCGACGACAAGGGCAGGUUCUUCAAGCCCCUCCAGGGAGACUCCCGUGGCGAAAUCGAGGUGAAGUUCUACGAAUCUUUCUCCUCAAACACAGAGGUCCCAGAUCACAUUCGUAGAUACUUCCCUGUCUAUCACGGCACUCAAGCCGUUGAAGGCUCUGAUGGAGCAGCCAUGAUUGUCCUGGAGAAUCUUCUCUCCAAGUACUCUAAGCCAUCGGUGAUGGAUGUCAAGAUGGGUUCAAGAACGUGGUACCCUGAAGCAUCCGAAGAAUACAUCCAAAAAUGCUUAAGGAAAGACGCAAGGAGCACCACGGUCUCCUCCGGUUUCAGGAUCUCUGGCUUCGAGGUGUAUGACCACAAGGAGCUGAGUUUCUGGAAGCCGGACAGGAAGCUUCUGAACGGGAUCAAAGUCGACGGCGUGAGGCUGGCUCUGCGGAAGUUUGUAUCGUCCAACACACUCUCUGACACAAGUUCGAAGCCUGACUCUGCUUUUGCGUCAAGCGUUUACGGUGGUUCCAGAGGGGUCUUGACGCAGCUGCUGGAGCUCAAGACGUGGUUUGAGAACCAGACGUUUUACCAUUUCAACUCGUGUUCGAUUCUGAUAAUCUACGAGAACGAAUCCAUACACGAUGAUGGUGCUCGAGCACAGGUGAAGCUGGUGGAUUUCGCUCAUGUUCAUGAUGGUAAUGGCGUCAUCGACCAUAACUUCUUGGGUGGGCUAUGCUCUUUCAUCAACUUCGUUCGUGAUAUUCUUCAGAGCUCAGAUGAGUCUACAGAUAACUGAAGAGUAUACAUACAUGGCACUGAAGGGUAUUAUUAGAUUUAUAUAUAUUAUUACUUCUGGGUUGGCUGAUUCAUUUUUGGAUUUGUAUACCAUGUCUCCCUCGAAUAUUCUUGGUUAUCUAAAGAGUAUACAUACAUUAGUACUACUCUUUUUAUCUUCAGUUCAUAUAUUGUAAGUUUUCAACUUCGAAGUAAUAAAGUUUUGGGGCCAAAAGAGAA